AUUAAAACAAGCUUGCAUGGCGGCAUAUCAUUGACUAGUGACAGUGUUAAUAUAUUCCCGCGUAUUUACUUAACAUUCAUUUUUAAAAAACAAUAAUUAUUUUAAUUUAAAUCACUUCUUGAAAUCACAACUAUUCCGAUGAUAGAAUAAUAAUUAUCAGUAAUUACCUACGGAUAAAAUGUAUUUCCAAGUUAACAUAACUCCCAAGGCGAAAGAACUGCCAGCAUCUAAAGAAAAAAUUGAAGAACCACCGCCAGUCCUUGUAUUAGCACCAUUUCAACCUCAAGUGCAUGUUAAUUUAAAAACAACCAUCAACACAUUUACCUCGGCGACAUUCAUCAUAAAAAAUCCAUCUAAUAAGCAGUUAACCCUGAAGACAAGUAAACUACCACCUGCAGAACGUUUAAUAGUUUUAGAAUCAAAUGAAUUUAAGAUCAACGGUGAAAGUGAAAAGCAAGUUACCUUGUCAUGGACACCGCAAGAUGCUGGAACUUGGAGAGACACUCUGCAAUUUACUGAUAAUCGACGAAUCAAAUACGAUGUAGCAUUAACAGCAACAUCAAUCGACAAUAAGAAGGGAUUAGCGAAAGGUAAAUCUAAAAUUUUAACACAAUCAAAUGUUAAUAAUGAUUCGAGAUAUGGAAAUCAAUCAAAUAAAUUCCCAAUGAGUUCAAUGUCAAUAAAUCCCGUACCAGUUAAGAAAUCGGUACCUGUGGCAACAACACAAGUAAAACGCGCUGAUAAAGAAAACGUUACCAAUAUUAUUAAUGAUGUCCAUCAAACACCGGAUAAUAAUUUACGUAACAAACAACAAAAACCAACAGGACGAAGUAAUGUUUUAAUGAAACUAGAUUUCAGUGACUUUCAAUUGACUCCACUGAAAGGACAAACUUCAUCGCUUACUGAAAUACCGGAAAUUAAAUUAGAUGAUGAAAAAAUAGUCGCUGUAGGCUUACGUUCGUCCAGUGCAUUGCCUGAUAUUCAAGUAUUUGAACCAUCAGAGGUUGAUUUUUCUCCACGUGAUUCCCGUAUAAGUUCGCCCAUAGACGAUAGACAGCAGCUAAGACGUGAGACAUAUUUAACCCAGCCGAAGUUUACUGAGCGUAUGAUUAUUAUUGACGAAGAAAAAAAUCAUCAAGAGAAACAAGAAGAAAUAUUUGAUGACUCACUAUCACCACCGCAAAUUUUAUCUAAAGAAGAACCGCAUAAUUUUUCGGCAAUAAUAAAUAAUAUUAAUUUUACAACUCCUAUGAAAACAAUAAAAUCACCUGGUGCCUGGUCUACUGAGUGCAAAAGUACGUCUAGUAGUGAAUAUUUCUCUAUCCAAUCAAAUGAUACUUUUAGUAUCAGUGAGAAAAGUCCAUUUGGUUCUUUUAAGUUAAAUAGUACUUAUGAAUUAUUACCGUCUCCUGGUGGUAAUGAUCAAACUUCUAAGUUUUCUCAACAGCAACAACAGCAGCAGCAUCACCAACAAAACUUACAGACAUCAAAUGAACAAUUAAGAAAAUCUCCAAUCAGUUUUGAAUUAUCGACCACAAUUUCUUUUUUAAAUGAUUUUAAAAAUAAUGAUAAAAUUAUAAAUUCGAAAAAUUUAUCAUCAACGAUCACUUCCGGUGGAUUAAAAGAAAAUUCACAAUCAUCACCGGUAUCAUUUGAUCAGUCAAGAUUAAGUUUAUCACAGAGUGUUCGUAAUGGAGACAAUGCUAGUGCCAAACAAGUACUGGAAGCUGAUCUAUGGGCAACAGGCAAUCGAGAUCAUGCAUCAUUUAAUAAUAAUUUAUCAACAUUUAGUCGCAGUAGGUGUAAUCUUGAGAUGAUAAGUGAGGAAUCAAAUAUACGCAGGACUCAAACUUACAAAGUAAACAAACCUGUCAAUAAGAUAUUUAAUGAAUAUUCAAAUCAAGAAGAUCAAGUUGAAGCCCGAUGUAUCGAAAUAUCUCCGCCCAAACGAUUGCGUCGUAUAGAAACAGCUAAAAAACCUUCACCAAUAAAACACAAUAAAAUAAUGAAGGAUAAAACAAUCGUAAAAAAUAGUAUUUUGAACAUGAAAAAAGUGCAGUCAAAUGUCAAAAGAGGUAAUUUAAUAAUUCCAGGUGUACGUAUGUCAAAAUUAUCAUUGUCAGGAUUAAAAUCAGAGUCUAAUGUUACCAGCACAAAUAAAUCGAUGAAAGUAACUAGAGAUAAAGAUAAAUUAUAUAGUACAGAUAAUAUUAUUGCACAAGUAACAAAUCCGUUUGUAUCAAUUAAAGGAGAUCCGUUUCUUGCGUACAGUCUUCAUUAUGAUGAAAACUUCUUAGUCAAUCAAGAGGAAGAAUAUACUAAAUGGUUAAAUAAAUUAUUGACACCUCCAGAGCAGCUUGAUACAGAUGUCGAGCAAGUGCCGAUAGAUAUUGGUAAAAUUUGGCAGUCUUGUCGCACAAAAGGUAACGUGUUGGCUGAAACAAAAGAACAAGUAUCAGCAAGAUACCAUACAAACACACGUCUCAAUACUUUGCGUAAAGCUGCUGCUGCGAUGCUUACCAAGGAAGAAGUAACGAUUGUCUUAACUCAAGUAACCGCUUGUAUAAAUAAAGGUCUGUUUGUUAUACGACAAGAUCGUGAUUUACACCGCGAUAUUGGAUUACAAAAAGAAAUAUUGCAAUUAUUUUUAAGUUACAAUCCGCUGUGGCUAAGAAUUGGUUUGGAAGUAAUUUAUAAUGAACGCAUUAAUUUACACUCAAAUAAUGACAUUAUUGGCCUAACAAAAUUUAUCAUGUCACGAUUUUUUUCUGAUCCAUAUUUAGUACAAACUUAUUCAGUCCACAAUGUAACGACAUUGCGCACACCGGAAUUUCGUGAGCACAUGAACAAAUUUAUACUCAAAAAAUUUCUGUUUCUCGUUUAUUUUUUGGAUUACGUCAAGAGAAACAAAUUGAUUGCUCAUGAUCCAUGUCUGUUUCUCAAGAAAGCGAAUAUCAAAGACAGCCGAGAAAUAUUACUGACAUUUUCACGUCAUUUAUUGAGCGGAGUUGGUGAUAUUACAAAGAUACUUCGUAAUCAUGGUUACACUGUAUCCCAUAAGCAAAAUUAUAUUGACGAGUAUGAUUAUGCUGUUAAUAAUAUCGGUGUUGAUUUACGUGACGGUGUACGGCUAUGUCGUGUCAUGGAAUUGAUUAAAAAUGAUAAGACAUUAACAGGACGUUGUCGUGUACCAGCAAUAUCUCGUUUACAAAAAGUAUUUAAUGUUGAAUUAGCGCUGACAGCUCUUUCAGAAUCUGGUUAUUCUAUUGCUGGUGACAUUGACGCUAAAAGUAUUGCUGAUGGUCACAGAGAAAAAACGUUAUCACUUUUGUGGCAGAUUAUAUACAAAUUCCAAGCGCCAAGAUUUGAAAAAGCUUCGAAUAUUUUACAAAAAUGGUGGAGAUCAAAGCUAUGGUUUAUUCGUAUUAGAAAUUAUUUAUUAAAUAGAAAAAAUAAUGCAGCCUCUGUAAUCCAACGUACAUGGAAAUGUUAUUGUGCUAGAAAAUUACUUGAAAAAUUGCGUGAAGAACGUGUUAUUUUCCUAGAGAAAUUAGAAAAAUCAACUCGAUUUAUACAGCAAUGUUGGUUGCGUAAAAAACAAAUGCUUAAAGAUCGUCGUAUUUUUAUGGAUAAAAAAGCCGCAGCUAUUUGUAUACAGAGAUGGUUUAGAAGAAUACGUACUAGUCGUCCUUACUUACAAGACCUUCAGCGUAAACGUCAGGCUGUUAUUAUUUUACAGAAUCAAUGGCGUGCUGUGGUUAUCAUGAGAAGAGAAAGGAAUAAUUAUAUUAUAAUUAAACAAGCUGCGAUAAUUAUACAGCAGUGGUGGCGAGCAAGCUCAUUAAAAUGUUUAACUCAUAAUUAUUAUAAAGAAUUGAAAGCUGCUACUGUUCUAUUGCAAACUAAAUGGCGAGCGCGGAAGUUGAUGAUUGAACAGCGGGCGGAUUAUUUGAAAAUUAUUGAAGCUGCUGUCAAAAUCCAAUCAUCGUGGAGAUGUUAUUUAGUUGGUAAGCGAAUUAGAAAUGAUUAUUUGGUUAAAAAAGAUGCUGUAAGAGUCAUUAAGUCUUGGUGGGUCGGUUGCAAAUUGAGAGAUGAUCGACGUAAUGAAUUUUUGAAUAUUAGAACGAGUGUAAUUAAAAUUCAAAGGGCGUGGAAAAAAUACCGCGAAACAAAAGAUUAUGUUUCAAGAUUUAAAUCUUGUCGUAAAGCGGUGGCAAUUAUUCAGCCGUGGUGGCGAAUGAUUAAAGUUGCUCGUAAGUAUCAAUUGCAACGUAAGAGUGCUAUUGUUUGUCAGCGAUGGUGGAGAAGUAUUUUGAUAACACGUAAUAUGAGAAAUGAAUUUGUGGAGGUAAAGAGAGCUGCGAUAUUGGUACAGAAAAACUGGAAGAUGAAGAAGGAGAGACGAAAUUAUUUGCGUUUGAAAGAAGCGACGAUUAAAAUUGAAAAGUGGUAUUGCAAUGUCAAGCACUCGAGGACGGUAAGACACGAGUAUGUGGAAAAGAAAAAAGCCGCGAUAUUUAUUCAAAAUUGGUGGCGAUGUUUGAAAAUUACCAGAGAAUGUCGGGAUAAAUAUCUAGCGGAUCGCAGAGCGGCGAUUGUGAUACAAAAUCAUUGGCGCGCUAAAGUAAUUGGAAAAUUUUUAAGACAAAAAUAUUUGGAAAUGAGAGUUAAUGUCAUUAAGCUUCAAGCUUUCUGGAGAAUGGUAUCAGCGAGACGUAAUUAUUUAAAUGCUUUGAAAAAACAUAAAGCUGCUGUGACAAUUCAAAGUAGAUGGAGAGCUAAAAUUAUCGGGUUUAAAAUACGCGAGUCUUUUAUCAAACAACGACAAGCUGCCAUUUUUAUUCAGCACAAAUAUCGUGCAAUUAAAAUUGCUCGGGUUGUUAGAAUGCAAUAUAAUAUUUAUAAAAAAUCAACGAUAAUUAUUCAAAAAAAUUGGAGAAUGAUAAAAGCUACCAGAGAGUUUCAGCGACAACGUAAAGCGGCGAUUGUCAUACAAAGUCACUGGAGAGCGCGAGUUAUUGGUCUACGUACUCGUGCUUUUUACAUCAAACAGCGAUCAGCUGCUGUUGUCAUCCAACGCAAGUACCGCGGGAUUAAAAUUGGCCGGGUGAUUAAAACUCAGUACGUUGUCUACAAAAAAGCUGCUGUCGUAAUCCAGAAAAAUUGGAGAAUGAUAAAAACUUUUAGAGAGUACCAGCAACAACGCAAAGCGGCUAUUACUUUACAAACUCAAUGGCGGGCUCGAGUUGUCGGUUUGAAGACUCGCGAUUCUUAUAUUAGACAGCGAUCAGCAGCGGUAAUUAUUCAAAGAAGAUAUCGGGCAAUAAAAAUAGCGAAAGUUAUUAAAAUGCAGUAUCAAGUUUAUAAAAAAGCUGCUAUAAUUAUUCAGAAAAAUUUGAGAAUGAUAAGAGCUUACAGGAAUUAUCAGCAGCGACGUAAAGCUGCCGUUGUAUUGCAAGCUCACUGGAGAGCACGAGUGAUUGGUUUAGAAACUCGUGAUCUUUAUAUCAAACAACGAUCGGCUGCUAUUGUAAUUCAACGUAAAUAUCGGGCUUUUAAAGUUGGACGUGCAGUUAAACUGCAGUACGUAGCUUACAAAAAAUCAGCAAUAAUUAUCCAGAAGAAUUGGAAAAUGUUUAAAUUGUCACAAGACUUCCAGCAGCUUCGUACUGCAGCAAUUAUUUUACAGAGCCAAUGGCGUGCACGUAAAUUAUCAAUUAAAUUUAAUCAGGAAUAUAAAUUGAUAAGGAAAACAACUGUGAUGAUCCAACAGCGUUAUCGUGCCCGUAAAGUUGCCCGGGAAAUUAGAAAAUGUUAUCUAGAGACACGUGAGUCGGCCAUUAAACUCCAGUCUCUUUGGCGAGCAAAUAAAUUAAUGAAAGAAACUCGUCAUCAGUAUUUACGUUACCGCAAUGCCGCAAUAUGUCUCCAAUCAAAAUGGAGAAUGAUUGUUACCCGUCGCCAAUAUUUAAUUAAAAAGAACGCGGUGAUAAAAAUUCAACUCGCAUGGAGACAGUUAAUAAUUUCUCGUAAUAUCAGAAAUAAUUUCUUGGCUCAACGUACCGCCGCUCUAUUUAUUCAAAGACGUUAUCGUUCAAUACGUAACUGUCAAAAAAUACGUCGUAAUUUUAUAAAAUUAAAAUCAGCUGUUGUUUUUGUACAAAAUCGUUGGCGUUCAAAAUUGCAGUUGCGUAAAACUGCUGAAGACAUUGCGAGACAACGUAAAUUAAUAUCAGCAGCUACAAUUAUUCAAUCAGCUUAUCGCGGGUUUAUUGUCAGAAAACAUCAGUCGGAAGAGAUAAGAAAAGUAAGAGAACGGGCUAAACAGGCAUCGCAAGUUGCCGUACCAUCACAAACUGUUGAAAAUCGUCUCCAAGAUGCCAUGAGUACACUGCAAAAUAUUAAAAGUAUUGGGCAACUGUCAAUGUGUCUUGCCUGCAUCGAUACGUUAACGCGUUUAUCGCCAAAAGGCUGUAAAUUAUUUUGUGAAUUGAAUUUAAUUGACACUAUAUAUGAUAUCUUAGGCAAUUCAAAUCGUUCAUUACCUUGGAUGGAAGUUUGUUUACGCUGUACAAGUAUACUUAUAACAAUUAUUAAAUUACCUCAAUUAUCGUCUUACGUACGCAAUAUUGAUGAAACAGAAACAAUAGCACGAUUAAUGAACGCUAUGAUUAAAUCAAAUGUUGAGUUAUUUUUACAUCUUGCUACGCUACUAUGGUUACUCAUACGUGAUAAUGAUUUUGCUGAUCAAGUUAAAGAGUCACCGCGUAUCAAAUGGUUGAUAAGAUCAACUGCUGAAACAAAUUUAAAAAAAGAUAAAAUAAAUUUCAAUAAAAUACGAAAUUCUUCGUUACAACAUACCAUGAUUUUGCCAAAUGAAAAACCUGACUGGGGUUUAAGAACACGGAGACCAAGAUAUUUUACUACUGUAUCCCAUGCGCUGUCAACUUUAGUUGAAAUAUUAAAUAUUACAAUUUAAUUAAUUAUAUUUUAUAACACAUAUCUAUAUAUACAUAUAUAAAUAUAUUUUUUUAGAUAAUUAACAAAAGCUGUAUAUAAUUUUUUUUAUCUUAUUAAUACUUUAUAAUACUAAAAUAUUUGAAUGCUUGAAGAAAAGUUUGUAUUUUAAUAAGAUUUCUUGUUUCAUUUUUUUUAUAAUACUUUUAUUGCAAUAAAUACAAUAAGAAACAAUUAUU